UGGGGGUGGGGAGAGAAAAAGGGAACUGGGAAGAGAAGGAGAGGAAGUUAAACCUUGCUUCCCUCCCUAUCUUCCUUAGAAAACCCAAUAUGGCAUCUUCCAUGAGGAGCUUGUUCUCUGACCACAGCAGAUAUGUUGAAUCUUUUCGGAGGUUUCUCGACAAUUCCACGGAACACCAGUGCAUGCAGGAAUUCAUGGACAAGGAGCUGCCAGGCAUAAUAGCAAGGAUUGGAGAUGCAAAAUCAGAAAUUAAGAUUCUGAGCAUAGGCGGAGGUGCAGGUGAAAUUGAUCUUCAAAUUCUCUCCAAAGUUCAGGUUCAAUACCCAGGAGUGCAUAUCAACAAUGAAGUUGUUGAACCGAGUGCAGAACAAAUCACCAAAUACAAAGAGCUUGUAGCCAAGACAUCAAACCUCGAGAACAUAAAGUUUGCUUGGCAUAAAGAGACAUCAUCUGAAUAUCAAAAUAGAAUAAUGGAGAAAAAAGAGCUUCAAAAGUGGGACUUUAUUCAUAUGAUUCAGAUGCUGUAUUAUGUAGAAGAUAUUCCAGCUACCCUGAAAUUCUUCCAUAGUCUCUUAGCUAACAAUGCUAAGAUUCUCAUUAUUCUUGUAUCAGGGACCAGUGGUUGGGACAAGCUGUGGAAAAAGUAUGGAUCCCGCCUACCCAGAGAUGACCUCUGCCAGUAUGUCACAUCUUCUCACCUUACUCAGAUGCUGGACAACCUGGGGAUUAAGUAUGAGUGUUAUGACCUUCUGUCCACCAUGGACAUUACUGACUGUUUUAUUGAUGGUAAUGAAAAUGGAGACCUGCUGUGGGAUUUUUUGACAGAAACCUGCAACUUUAACACAACAGCACCACCAGAUCUCAAAGCAGAAAUUAUGAAAGAUCUCCAGGAGCCUGAAUUUAGUGUUAAGAAAGAGGGGAAAGUCCUUUUUAAUAAUAGUUUGAGUUUCAUUGUGGUCGAGGCGUAACUAUCAAUCAUGGCAGCAUAUUCAAAAGUUAUAUUUUGAACAAUUAUUGAUCAUUCAUUUUCAUACUAAAAUUACCAGUGCAUCUCAGAGUAUAGGUAAGAGCAUUGCGUAUCUGUAAUCUCGAAAAUUCCAAAACACUCUUGGACUUCAAUGCAGAAUCCUAUGGAAUACUCUGGUUUUAUCUAUCCAUGAGAGACCACAUGCAGACUGACUAAGCAUCACAUAGCUGGGAAUAUGAGACAACUGAGAUUCACAGGCCUAUUGAUAAUAUGAUUCUUUCCAUUUGUUGAUUGUAAUGGAAUUUUCUAGCAUAUUAAGAAAAUAUAUACUAUGGAUUUUUUAAUUAAGAGUAGGCAUUUUUAGAACAUUACAAAUUAGCUCCUUGUCAUAUGCUAUCCUUUCUUCCCAUUUUGUUUUCUCUUGUAAUUUUAUCAUGAUUUAGUUAUGUUUUGCUCGUCUUUUUGAUAUGUUGUACUUUUGUAUUUUAUUCAGCCUGAUUUAGGGUUUUUCUUUUUUUUUUUUCUUUUCUAUUUUCCAGCUGACACACUUUAAAAUAUUAAUAUAUUUUAUCAUAAUUUUAUAGUUUCACUUUUUAAAAAAUAAAACAGUAAUAUGCUUGAAAUUUAUAUGUUUAAGAGUAAUAUUGCAAAUAAGCUAUUUCUCCUGAAAUAAUAGCCACGUAAACAAAAUUUAUGGAAAAACAAACAAUAAAACUCUCAACUUGAAAUGCACUGUGAUAAUUUAGAUAUGAGGUGUCUCCCCCGAAAGCUCAUGUGAGAGAAAAUUUAGAGGUGAAAUGAUUGGGUUAUGAGAGUCUUAAUCUAAUCAGUGCAUUAGCUCUCCAUUUGAAUGGAUUAGCUGGGUGGUAACUGUAGGUAGGCAGGGUAUGGCUGGAGGAGUCAGAAUACUGGAGUUGUGCUAGUGGGGUUUAUGCUUUGUCCCUUGUGAGGAGAGCCCUCUCUCCUUUCUUGUUGCCAUGUCCUGAGCUGCUUCUUUCACCAUACCCUUCUGCCCUGAUGUUCUGCCUCACCUCAAGCCCAGAGCUAUGGAGUCAGCCACCCAUGGACUGAAACCUCUGAAACUGUGAGACCCCCAAUAAACUUUUCCUUGUCUACAUUGUUCUUGUAAGGUCUCUGUCACAGCAGCAAAAAAGCUGAUGAAAACCCAUACCUUGUACCAUUUACAAAAUUUGUAUAAAACCUUGAAUUUAUUUUGAUAUUUUUUAAUCCUUUAUAUUGCUUUAAUACCUCUUCUUAAGGCCAAAAUCAUCUUGGACAGUAGAUUUCAGGGGAUUUUUAAAAAUUUAUUUGAUGGUCCCUAUUUUAUUUUUAAUAAUAAGUCCUUGUCAUUCUUAUAAAAGCAAUGUAUCUUUUAAGGUAAAUAAUUAAGUAAAAAUAAUGGAUAAAUAAUAUUUUAAAGUGGGUAUAUACUUAAUAUUCCCUGCCAAAAGAGAAUAAAAGUAAGGUCUUCCUACAAAACUCAUAGAUUCUCAUUCUGACAGUGAAACAGCCUCCAGCCCAGGACGGUAUUCAGUCUUUCCUGUUCGAGCAUUUCCUCUCAGCUCUGCAGUAGAGUCACUUUAAAAAGACUGGAUACCCUUCCUUAAUCCCCUAGCUCAUUCCCAGGGAGUAUGCAGGUACAGAGCCUAUUUAAACUAACAAAUUACCAAGCUUUGUCGUUCAUAAUAAGUAAAACUGACUUGUAUUGAUCUCUUUUCUUGAACAACUUCAUCAAUGUUUUUUUGAAUUAUAAAUUCCAACAAAUAAAACGACAGUUAUCUAGUCAGAUUUCUGAACAUGAACAUUGAACCAUUAAUCAUCUUGAUAUGUACUACUGACAAAGGAAAUCAGGGAGGCACACAUGAGUGAUGGAUAUGAGGCCAGGAUGACCUUGAAAAGCUUCACCAGAUGAAUAGAAAUCAAGACUCUAUACAGCAAAUGAUGGACUUCUGUACAAAGCACAUGUGCAAGAAGAAAUAAAAACUAGAGCCAACAGAACCUAUAUGCUAUUAAAAGUAGAAAAUAAUAGAAGUGCAAUAUAGAUUAGCAUUUAUAAAUAUGACUAUUGUUUCAUCCCUAUAAGGCCUUUCCUAAGAAACACAGGAUAAAUACUUACCUGCUUCAGUUUAAUGCAGUGAGAAUACACAAGUCUUCUUUAACAGGAAAAUGCCCAUAAGGACAUACUACUUAGUGACUGAAAGCCCUCCAGGUUCAAGGGAUGGAACUAUUGGCUUCUUUCCAGCACUACAUGAUGUUACAAAGGUUUUGGGUCAGUCACAUGUUGACUUUUAAAGUUUUUUUUCUGUGAUUCUGAAAGAAGUCUCAUAAGCAUGAAUUUAGAAUGUUUUAUAUACCAUGUGUAUCUCUGUGUUUGCUAUGGUGCCUUCAUAUGGUAGGUGCUAAGACAAAGGUAGGUGUGGUGGCACAUAUCUGUAAUCCUAGCAACUCGAGAGGCUGAGACAGGAGGCUUGCAAGUUCAAGGCCAGCCUCAGCAACUUAGCAAGGCCCUACCAAUUUAGCGAAACCCUGCCUUGAAAAAACAAAAAAAAGUUUUAAAAAAGGGCUGGGGGUGCAGCUAGUGGUAAAGCACCUCUGGGUUCAAGCAGCAGUACCAAAAGGAAAAAAUAAAGAAAAGGUGAUGGAUAAAUUCUUCCCUUUUCAAGCAUCUAUCCUACACCUUAUCUGUUGAUAUUAUUAUUGUAAGCAUAACUCAAAAUACUCAAACAAGGGUCUGAGGUCAAGCUUAGUGGUAGAGUGUUUGCAUGGUAUGUUAUGAUGUCCUAGGUUCAAUCUCCAAGACAGCAAAAGAAAAAAGAAGGAAUAGUGUGGACUAUUUCUCACACAUUUUUUUUAUGUUUGUCAUUAAACAGUAUGGCUAAUAUCCAGAAAGAAAGUAUAAUGUGGGACCAAUCAGUAUUUUAGGGUCUUCAUAUUUGCUUGCUAUAAAAAUUGGUGACUUUCUUAAUUGACAAUUCUGCCAUUCUGGGCCCCCAAAUUAAGUAAUAUCCAGGGCACAUCCAUAAAAAGAGAGGCAAAAUUGGAGAGUACUAGAUCUUAGGUCUGUGAAACUGACAGAACCAAAUGUAUAUUUAAUGUAUUUUAAAUGUGUAUUUUUAAAUGUGUAUUUAAUAAGCAUAGUUUGUACAUAAUAUCUUGUCAUUUUGAAAACAUAUUUAUAUGUGUUUACCUCAUGGGAAUGUUUAUUUCUAGGAAAAUAUUGCCUUCCUAUCAAGUGCUUGUGGACUGAAUGGAUAAAAAUAGUCUUGUUAGAUGAAGCUACAGAACCAGACGUCCUUGGGUUCAAAUCCUGGUUGUGUUAAUCACUCUCCAAAUGACCCCAGGCAACAUAUUUUCUCUGUUUUCACAUUUCUUCAUACACAAAAUGAAGAGAAUCAUAGUACCUACCUCAGAGGAUAGCUGUGGGGAUUCCCAAGGUUAAGCUAUAUAGAAAAUAUUAACUAUCAGUAUUAUUAGUUACACAUAGAAAUUUAAUAUAAAAUGCAGAGCAAAUAAGAAACUAAUAUUAAGAAAAGUUGUAAGAGAAUGGGGAGUUGGUACAUGGAAGAAGCAACCUAAUUUCCAACCUUGUGAUUCUUAGUCAAAGGCAUAUGGCCUCUCUCUUUCUGCCAGAGCAAAGCUGGCACUCUCAGAACCAUCUGGGUUGGGCCAUUCAAGGUCCUCCUUAAGGGAUCCGCCUCCCUUUAGCCCUAGUGCUCUAUGUGCCUGUGCUCUGCCACAUGAAGUGGCCCCAUCUCAUUCCUGUCUAAUCAGACCAAGGAAUGGGCAACUGGCCAUGGAUGACAACUCACAGGUCAGCCAGAAAUUGAUUAGAGUAUUCUCUUUUGAAAAAUAUGAAAUGAAUACAUUAAAUUCUCCUCUUAGAAAUUUGGAAUCACAAAUCAGGAACAGCUGCACAUUCAUUCACUCAUUCACUAAAUAUACAUUCUCCAAUAUUAGUUGAGUACCUCUUAGAUGUGAGUCAUUAUGUUAAGCAAGAGAUAUAGUUGUUAAAAAUAAUAAAAGUUUCUGACAUCAUUGACUUGAUAUAUAAGAGUGAAAAAGAUAAAAAUAAAUGUAUGUCAGAAAGAGACAGGCAAUGUUCAUAAAAUAAAAGUGAAUAAAGGAAAAGGAAUACUAGAGUGGAUAGCACUGAGUGGCUACGGGAGGUCUUACAUUAAAAAGGGACAUCUGGUGGGGAAUGGAAGGACAGCCGAAUGAAAUAGACAUUAUUAUUGCUGUGGGUAUAUAUGUGACUGCAUGACUAAUGUAAUUCUGCAACCUGUACACUCAGAAAAAUGAGAAAUUAUAUCCCAUCUGAUUCAAAUGUAUAUGUCAAGAUCAUUGUACUGUCAAAUUAAAACAAAUUUAAAAAAGA